AGUCUGCACCAACUAAACCAGAGUCUGAGGAUCACUCCAGAUGUUUGAUCGUGUCAGUGUCCAUGUUGGUUACGCUGUUGGUGUUUGCCACUGGAUUCAGCCUCUAUAUAGCUCAUCGGUGGGCUUUGGUGAGCCCCUCUAAGACGACCUACGAGCGUGCUCCCGCGUCUGUGCUGAUCGUGUACCCGGCAAUGGACGGUGUGUUCCAGCGGGCUGUGGUGGCGCUGGCUGACUUCUUGCAAAGCAGCGGCACCUGCAACGUGGCCAUCGACGUGUGGCAGCGGGAGUCACUGGCCGAGCUGGGCCCACUCCGCUGGCUACACACCCUUGCAGAGACCUCCAACAGGGUCCUAGUCGUGCUACCUGGCCGUGCCACAGACUGUGAUGAGUCUGUGGGAAGGCUGUUGGCUCCCUCUCAGAUGGGGCACACGGUCCCUGCUUCGGCUUACGAGCUCUACCCCUUAGCACUCAAGAUGCCCGGUAAAUCCAAGCUGUGGGUGGUUCACCUGGGCAAGGUGACUGCGAAGAGCAGCAUGCCGGUGGAGCUGAGGGGAUGCCGGUCCUUUGCCCUGCUCAAGGACCUCCAGAAGCUCCUCCAUGACCUCUGCCCCGAACGCAAGGCUGCCAGGGGCCCGUGGCUGAAGUGCUGGGUGGGUGGGGGGUGGCAGAACUCGGACAAGGCUCUGGGCAAACUGAAUGAGGUGGUGCAGCAGCUGGAGAGAUAUGGUGUGAUAGAACAGCCAAAUAUGGUGUGAUCGAGCAGUCAAAUAUGGUGUGAGAGCAGAAAUGUCCCUGGUUGGCUGAAGUUCUAAAAGAAAGCACUUAUUUUUCAUCGGUCUUCUGAGAACUUUUACCAUGUGAUGAGUUCAUUUCACAUUUUAACUUUUUUUCCAAAGCUAGGUCAAACUGGUACAUCAGACAGGCUUCACUCUCAUUUCAUAUUUUGUAAAUUCAACAAGACAUUUAAGUGCUCAAUAUACCUCAGCUGUUCAAUAUACGAUACGUAUUUCUUGUUAUGGUAUCUUUCUGCUCUCACAGGCAUUAAGUAAAUAAAUAAUGGGAAAAAGAUAAAGAUAGGUGAGUCAUUUGUGUGCGUGCACCUUUCUCUUGAGCCUUGAUGGAAAGUAGAACCUCAGGCAGGCAGUUUCAUCACAUCACUUCACUUCAAAACAGUAUACCACUGCUUUGCAUAACAGUAAUUGUGGGUUAUCAGAUCAUGUUAGGUACGUUUCUCAAAAUGCGUUUCUGUAUCGUGUAUGUCUUGAACAUCAGCGGAAGAAUCGCCACAGACUUUCAAACUUGAUUUUUAUUUAUGUUUUUUAAAUAUCGUUUGUACGAAAAAAUAGUACUGGGGUCACCAGACAAAUGCGGCCCUUUCUCUGAGCAUGCGGACUCCAAAGCGCUGCCACUCGUGCUGGUGGAUCCACAUCUCCUGGGUUGUGUCCAGGCAGGCCAGCACCGCACCGCCCUUCCAGGGUAUCAGCUGUGGAUCCAUGUCCUGGGGGGAUCAGAUCAGAAACUCUUGUCAGUCUCUAAACACAUCUAAAGUUCAAUUCACACAACCUAUGAGGCUGAACUGGGAGACCAUGCCGAUACUAAUACUAUAAUAAUGAUUAAAGUUUGAUCAAAGAAAGAAA